AGCCCGACUGCAGCUCCGGGCUGACGCUUGAGGAAAUGAUCCCUGUGGGCAGCCCACUGCCGUGGGGCAGGUGUGUCCUCCUACUGCUGGGUGCAAGGCAUCUUCCUUUUGGUUGGACACCAGCUCUGCAACAGUGACACCUUUUGCCUCCUGCCUCUUCCUUUUCGCUCUCCACUGCCCUCUACACAGAGGGCUGCCAAAGCCUGGUUUGGCUGUGGCGAGACAUCCGCCUGCCCAAGGGAGGAAUUAUGAGCAAGGACCACAGCUGCAGACAAGCAGUGACACCCAGAAGCCACGCGUUAUUGUAAGGACCAAGGCUCCACAUCAGCCAAGCCAGAGCGAUGGCAUUAUCACUGGAAGAAUUUGUGCAGUCCCUUGACAUCAGGACCCUGCCCAGGGUCCUAGAGAUCCAGUCAGGCAUCUAUUUUGAAGGUUCUAUUUAUGAAAUGUCUGGAAAUGAAUGCUGUUUUUCAACAGGAGAAGUGAUUAAGAUCACUGGCCUCAAAAUUAAGAAGAUUAUAGCUGAAAUUUGUGAAAAUAUUGAAAGUUGUGAAUCUCCACAACCGUUUGAAUUGCCUAUGGACUUUCCAGGAAGAAAGUGUGGAAAUUAUCAUUGCUGGGAAAUUUUGCUGCAUCUGGACCAGAGACUGAAAGGUCUCUUUAAGAUCGUGGCUGAUAAAACUCCCUACCUUACUAUGGAGGAAAUUACAAGAACAACCCAGAUUGGACCCAGCAGACUAGGGCAUCCUUGCUUCUAUCAUCAGAAGGAUGUAAAACUGGAGAAUCUCACCAUAAAACAGGGUGAACAAAUCACGCUCAACUCAAUUGAAGACAUUAAUGGAGAGUUAAUGGUGAACUGCGUCAUAGUAAGGAACCAUCAAAAUCACUCAUUUACGUUGCCUGUGACACAAGAAGGAGAAUUCUAUGAAUGUGAAGAUGAACAUAUUUACACAUUAAAAGAAAUAGUUGAAUGGAAGAUCCCCAAGAAUAGAACCCGAACUGUGAAACUUACAGAUUUCGCAGAUAAGUGGGACUGGACAAACCCAUUCCCUAGAGACUUUUACGGUGCUUUGAUUCUCAAGCCUAUCUAUGAAAUACAAGGUGUAAUGAAAUUUCGGAAGGAUAUAAUCCGCAUUCUCCCCAGUUUAGAUGUUGAAGUCAAAGACAUAACCGACUCCUAUGAUGCUAACUGGUUUCCUCAGCUGUUAUCUACAGAAGAUCUCUUUGAAAUGACCGAUAAAGAGUUUCCCAUAGUGGCUGAAGUCAUAGAAGUACCUCACGGAAACCAGCUGCCCCGAAAUAUUUUACAACCUGGGAAAACCAUUGUGAUCCAUCAAAAGUACCAGGCAUCAAGGAUCUUAGCCUCAGAAAUUAGAAGCAAUUUUCCUAAAAGACACUUUUUGAUUCCCAGUAGCUACAAAGGCAAAUUCAAGAGGCGACCUCGGGAGUUCCCAACGGCCUACGACCUGGAGCUAGCCAAGAGUGAGAAGGAAUUCCUCCAUGUGGUGGCCACCAAAGACUUUCAUUCUCCUCAUGAGGAGCUGUCCUCUGUCUCUGUUGGGGACCAGUAUCUGGUGCAUCGCUCUGAGACGACGGAAGUCCUCUGUGAGGGGAAAAAGACAGAGGUGAAUGUUCUGGCCUGUCAAAAAAUCCUCAAAAAGUCCUACGAGGCAGCGCAGCUUCCUCUGUACAUGGAGGGAGGCUUCGUCGAGGUGAUUCACGAUAAGAAACAGUACCACAUUUCUGAACUCUCUAAGGAGUUCUGCUUGCCAUUCAACGUGAAGGUGUCUGUGAGAGACCUUUCCAUUGAAGAUGACAUUUUGGCUGCGACCCCAGGAUUGCAGUUGGAGGAAGAUAUCACAGACUCUUACCUACUUAUAAGUGACUUUGCCAACCUGGAGGAAUGUUGGGAGAUUCCCAUUGGCCGCUUGAAUAUGACUUUUCGGCUGGUGAGUAAUUUGUCCAGGGACACAGGAUCACAUACAGUCAGAACUCUGGUAGAAGAGAUUACGGAAGAACAGUAUUACAUGAUGCGGAGAUACGAAAGCUCUGUCUUGCGACCCCCGCCUCUUCCUCCCAAGCAUCCCCCUGUGAAGGAAACCAAGUUAACCCUGCUCACCUUAGCAGAAGAAAGCACAGCGGGCUCACCUACAACCCCCAAGAGUCACCGUGCAGGCACAGCCAAGAACCCUCCUUCACAUCGAGCUGGCCUGGGUUUAAGAGCAACAGUCGCUUAUCAGGAUGAUUUGGCGAGAGACAAGAACAAGCGUGGACCACCACAGCUGCAGGCACCAAUAAAUCUUCAAAAAUGAAAAACAUCAAAAAUACCAAGCAGUGAUGGAAUCCACUUGGGAAGUGAACUUAAACGUUGAGGUAUAAUGGAAGUCUAGGCUUCCAGCUGAGAGAUUAUCAACUGCUCCCCAGUGGACUCCAGGAGGACCCAGACUGACCAGUGCCAAGGAGAAAACCAUUUCAAAGAUUUUAAUAGAUAAAAACAAAGAAAAUCCAUGACAUGGAGCUCUCAUUGUGUAUUCUUUUGCUCCAAAAUCUGUCUGUAUUUCUUCAUAGUUAGGUUAUAUUCAUUUAAUGUGCACAGUUUUGUGACUCUUUUUGUCACAACUUGAGUAGUUAAAAAUAAUUUUAUACUUUAGUUUCUAAGCAAAAUCAAUCUAAGAUUAGAUGAAUGCUUAUCAAAUAUUUUUAUUUUGGUUCUAGAAUUCACUUUCCCAGUUGCCAACUGUCAUUGUCAUUCUUGUUAAAACUAAUUUGAGGAAAAAUACUUGUGUCUGAGAGUGAUUUAAAAUACCCAUGUUUCUUAUCUGAUUCCCUGAGAACUGUAGAAAUGGAUAUGACUUCACAUUUUCUGUUUGUUUCAUAAAUACAUUGUAAAUAGAUGUGUUCAAUUCUUGUCAGCCAAAGCCUUCUGAAUUAUAGAAAUUCUCCCUAUUUCUUCUGUCCUCUAAAACUCAGAUUUUAUGACUGAAAGUUUUGAUUAUAUAUCUUAUUAUUUUAUGUACUGUAAUUCACUUGAAUAUUUAUUAGACUUGUAGGAAAAUGUUUAAUCAUAAUAUUUGAUGGAAAGUAAAGGGAAGAGAAUUGUAAAAAGAGGUAAUAAAUUUGGUUGACUAAAGGCAAAGUGAUUCUUGAUUAGUGAAUAUUAUGAUAACACUUAUAUUUGUGCAACCUGUAAAAAUCCCUUUAAGAGAAAUCACAUUUUCAUAAUUUAUCAUAUUAUCUAUUAAGUAAACAGCAACAAUAUUUCUUGCUUCUCAUAAAAUUAAGAAACAGCACUUAUCUGGUUUAAAUUACAUAGAAAUUUAACAUCAAGAAUUAGACUUUGUCCAUACAUCAGAGCCUUCACAAAAACUGACUUAGAUCUCAUAAUUAUUUUAAAUUACAUGGAGAACUUGUGUGAUGAUUUAGAGCUAAAGAAUUUCUUUCUGAAGACAGUCAAUCAUGGAAUAACUUUUAAGUACAAAACAUAGUUACAGAUCUCUCAUAUAAUGUUUAUAUGCUGAUUUUGUUUACUUUCCUUUAUGUUAUGUCCAUUUCUUGUUAAGGAACCAUAAAUCCUAAUUUAUACUACCUUAACAAUUGUCAGAAAUUUGGUUGUAGUAAUAUUUGUUAUCUACAAUUUGUGAAAUUUUAUGAGAUGGUUUCCCUUUUCUCUGUUUUCCUUUGUUCGUGUACACUAGGACAAGAAUUUCUCCAAAUUUAUGUCCCCACAUUUGAUUUUCAAAAACCACAGAGAAUCCUAACUCAACCCAAAAACUUUAGAAAACUGCAUCAUAGGUGCUUUUGGGCUCAUGGAAUUUUUUGUUUUUAAAUAAAAGUGAAUACUUAGUAUUUUUAAUUAAACCAAAGAAACCAAUUUGUACUUUGGAUGAGUAUAAUUUUCUGAUUAAAAUAUCAAGACAGUGUAUUUCUUUGAUUGUAAAUCAAGGACUUUAGUUGAAAACAGUGUAUAACAUUUCUAACAUAGUGUAACUCCUUUUAUUUACUGUAGUUCCAAUUUUCUUGAUAACAAAAGUACAAUAAGGUUCAUGUUCACCUGGGAAAGGUUUUGGAAAGUUGAAAACGAAUUUCCUAAUUUUCUCUUGUUUGUGUUCUCUGCCAUGUAUAACUGUGAAAUAACGAAUCUUUUAGGACAAUUAAGUUCAAGUGAUCUUUAACUAGAAUUUAACUCAAUUUUUCAUGACUAAGGAUAAAGUUGCUUAAGAGGGAGAUUUUUAUGCCCUCUGUGCCUCCUGCAGACCUACAAUUUUGAGUUCAGUCGAAAUGACCAAAUUCAGAGAGUGGCCAUGCUACAUAGUUAGGUGCCAAGAUCGAUUCACAGUGCUGCUGUUAAUCAAUAGAGCUGCCCUCUUCUUCACCCAGUCCAGCAGCUUUGAAAAGGAGAGUGGAACGGAAGUGAGAUGUAGAGAAUGAUGUGCUUCUUUGCGAUGGGCUGGCUAAACUCUCCACCCCAGGACCUUACUGUGAAAGCUCCUCUCAGAUCGAAGUUGACAGUUAAUGUGACUUGCAGAUGUGCAGCCCGGUUACUUCUAAAUGGGAGAGAACAUGUAAGGUUUGUGGGAAGGAAGACUCUUUGCCUCUGCUGCCUGGAAUGGAGUUUGUGUUACUGUUUCAGGCUCCUCCAUGCUUGAUUCUGCCUAACACGUAACAUAGACUCUGUAUGUCUAGUAUAUUUUCUGUCAAGGAUUUUUUCUUAUUUUAUGCAGGGGGCUUGGAUAAUUAUGGCUAUGCCUGGUGUGUAUUUGGUUUCGAAUAUGUAUUUGCGAAUUAAAUGAUGAAAAUUAAGAAUAUGAGUGUUCAGGCCAGGCUGCGUAGGCCUGAAUUCUGAGUCUUCUUACUAUCUGGUUGCCUUAAGGGAAUUUUUCAGCCUCUUUUUGCAUCAAAUUCCUUAAUAUGUAAGGCAGGUAUUAAAGUAGAGUUUACAUUGUAGUUACAUUAUGAGAAAUGUAUGAAUACAUGUAUAGAAAUUGCAUAGCUUUGCAAGGAUAAAAUCUUCAUUAAAUUUAUCUGUUAUAACUAAUUUUUAAAUUAAUUACUUAAAUAAUUGCAUUUACCUCUUAUAAUUUUAUGAAAAAGACAAACAUAUAUACAUGUAUCUCCCUACCUCAUAAGUGAAAUGUUAAUAAUCUUAUUUUGGGGAACCUGCAUCUUUUUUUCCAUUGAGGUUUUUUUUCCUCUCUCACUUCCAAUCAUGUGUGAUAACAAAUACUUAUCCAAUCCUUGUCUUGAUGACGUCCCCUAGUAGCAAAGGCUAAUGUGGAGACUUCCAUUCAUAGCUUAUUGGAAGAGUGUUCUUAGGAGAAAUCUGUGUGAAAAUCAAAAGAAAUAACACAGGAUUCGAGAAAAGUUAGACAACCCAGUUCCGUGAGGAGCCCAACUGCGUCUUCCCAGUCCGAUCCCUAGCUCCUCUGCAUUCCUUACUGGUUCUUCAGCUGGACUUACACACAACUGUUUGAACUCCAGCUUCUCUGAUAGGACUGCUGGAUCCCAGGAGCGAACCCCUCUGCUCUUCUGCCCCUGUGUUAGGUUGUGUCAUUUUGUCUGAGGUAAUGUUGCACAGGAUCUCAUGGGCAAAGAACAGAAAUUCUGUGAGCCCUCCAAUGUGGAGCCAGCAGAGGCUCGGUAGAUAGGAAAGGUAAACUAUACCAGGAUAUGUGUCAGUUCCAAUAAACUUUUCUUGAUGGAAGGAAUCCAAUGUAGCGAGCUGUUACCAAAUGACUUGGCAAUCUCUUCGUUUUAGUCAGGAUUUGCAAGAAUAACAAUUUAAUGGAGCACGCAUAAUUUAUAGAAUUAUUUUAGGAUAGUUAUCCGAAGAGUCAAAUACGAAAAAAAAAGAUUACAGGAAAUCUACACAUUAGGACCCAAAGAAUCCUCCUGAAGGCCUGGAUUCCACAGGAGUGUCCUGUAUGAGUCCAGCUGAAGACCUAGGACCUAUGUUAAUGCCUCCCAUGAGUCCAUCUGGAGGCCUAGAGCCCAUGACAAUGAUUCGUGCAAGCCUAUCUCAUGGAUCUACACUGGGAAGGCCCACAGGUCGGCAUUGGAAGCUAGCAAACUUGUGCCAGCAGGAUCAACGGUCUGUGCCCAGAAGCAAAGCUCAAAGUAAGGACCAGUGUUCCCUGGAAAGGUAUCACAGCCAUCCUCAGUGACAAUGAGGUCCCGAGUUCCUCAAAUGAUGAGAAUAACCAAGAUCAUAUCAGGAAAGCCAGCAUGACAAACUUCUCCAGAACUAACAGUACCAGGAGAACCUUCUCCUCUUCUCCUUUCUAUGUUGUUGACAAUUCUCAGGUGGGCUGUCCACACAGCACCACACUAAGUCAGUUUACCUUUAGUGUUACAGUUUGACCACCAGUGGUCAACACUCUUCAAAAGAAGAUGUUGCAGCAGGGAGACAGUGGUUAACACCGGGUUUUGUGAUAGCCAGUUUAACACCAACUAGUACAAGGGCCAGAUCGGUCUUCAUGAGAAAGAAUUCACACUAUUUGCCUUGGACUCAUCUGGAUAUCUCGCACUACAGUUGUUCUGCUCAUGAGUCCGAUCCUGGGUGACUAAGAGCAGAAGCUGGCCAGUAUCUGUAGACUGAGUCUUGCUGUUUAAUUGACCACAGAGUGUUUCUCUGCUGCGAAUGUUCUCUGAGACAUGUGAGCAUACUAUAUGAAAAUUUCACACUUUCUGUUCACUUUUCCAGAAUUACCUCCUCUUCUCCAGAUAUCUUUAUCUUUCAUCUGUCCCAUUCUAGGUAUCUGAUUUGGAAGCCACUUGCCGAACAGUGUGUGUGUGUAUUCUCCCUCCUGGCCAUUUUCCUGUGCAUGUGAAGUGCACACCUAGGUACACCCCCUGAUGCUGUGGGAGGAUUUCUCUGCACCACUGUUCUUCAGGCCCACCAUUGAGAAGGGCUGUCAUGCAGUAGUGAUCUGUUUCAGGCCUCUAGUAACGCCCCAAGUUGACUCAUCCAUGAAUCAAUCUAGUUUACUUACUGGCUGUGUAAAGAGAAGCUCACCUUGGGCUUCAUUAACAUAAACUUGGGAAAGUAGACAUGGUUGGUGACUUUGGGAUCUGCACCACUUGUUCACACCGUUCACAGAAUCAUCUGUGUCUGCUCCACUGCAGCCCCGAAUGUGGUGCUUCUAUCUUACUCCACCCCUGAUUCUCACUCAUGGGACUGAGAGAGAUGGUGAGGACCCAGUAUCCCAGUGCCACAUAUUCAGUCUCUCCUAAGGACCACCAGCAUGGCGACUGUGCUUUAAAAUGAUGCGCAGUCCUAUGACAAAACUUUGUGAGCAUGCUCUGGGGGCUGUGUACUAGUGCUUCCUUGAGGGAUUAUUAAAGGUUGUAGGCAGCACAUAUCAUAGGUAACUUGUGAGUUUUCCAGAGAGCACAGCAGGAAUACCAUUUUGCUCUAACUGCAGAUUUGACCUGCUGUACUACCCCUUCCUGUUCUGAGCCCUAUAAAAAUGUCACUUAGCAUGUCACUUCCUGUGUGAUUCAGAGCUGUAUACUCCACUGAGGUCUGAACUCUUCUAGAACCCAAAAUGGCCAUGUAGAGCAGAUCCUUCUAAUGGAAAGAGGGGCAGGAUACAAGCUAUGGUCUAAGGUUGGUCUCCUCCCCAAAUUAAUAGAUACCGAUAUCUAAUAGCCAAUGCAGUGAUAUUAAUGGAUGGACUCUAAAGCAAAUGUAGGUCAUGAGGACUCCACUGUGAUUAUUAGUGUUAGUAUCCACAUAAAUGAAGCCAAAGGGAGCCCCUAGUCCCUUUAUGCCAUGUGCGGACUCAACAACAGAUGCCAUCUUUGAGCUGAGCAACCCUUGACCAGCAUCCGAGCUCUAGCAUCCCAGCUUCCAGAACUGUACUUUGCAGUUCUUUUGCAUUGUUUAUAAAUUAUUCAGACAAAGGCAUUUGUAUUAUAGCAACUCAGCAUGAUCCCAGACUGCACGAUAGCUUGUCUUGUAUUUCGGUAGAGAUACACUGACUGACAUUCCCACAUCAUUGAAACCCUGAAAAGGUUGUUGGAAUGGCAACAUAUUGAAUCUUUGUCAGGUUUACCUAACUGUACUUGGAUUGGAUAUAUCCUCCCAGGGAAUCCAUCUUCCUUUACAAUAUGUUAAGAUAAUAUCUUCCAUAUAGUAGACCAACAUGAUAUUUCUAGGUGAACUCUGUGGUCACAAACAAUCAUCAUCUUGGGAUGAAAUUGACACAGUCACUGCUUUGGAUCCUUUCUUGUGGGUAUUAGGAAGAACGCAGAUUCCUUCCACAUUCUCCAGAUUAGAGAUCACAUGGGGCAUGACAGGCUUUGCAAAUCCGGUCUAGGGAAAAACACAGCAAUUGCAACUGAGGUUACUGCCUGGGUAAAUCCACUGCCAACUGCUGUUGUUAUCAUACAGACAGUUUUAUUAUAUCGCUUCUUAUAAUUUGGCAGAGGAAAAACUGCUAAGUUAAGUGGAGGAUGACAAAGGCCAUCGCCCUUGAAUUCUUUAUAUCUUGGAAGUAGCACCCUGAUCAAGGCAACUCUGUCUACAGUAGGAUGUGGUUUAUGCUUCCUAUCUUGGUCAGUUUUAAAUCAAGGUAAUCUGGGGGAACUUUAUGCCAUUUUUUUUUACUACAAUGUAGUAAAAAUGAACAUAAACACUAGAGAUAACAAGUAGGAUAAUUUUAAAACCCUAAAGCCCAGAUUAGAAACAGCAAAAAAAGUCGAUGACGUAAAUCUUCAGUUAUCAUCCAGCAGCUUACAAUAAGGAAAGAUAAAACAUCAAAAAUAUAAGAGAUGUUAGCUAACAUUGAUAGGAAUGUAAGAACACAUAAAUUUUAUUUAAUUAGUGUUAGAGUGGAUGGAGUUGAAAGAGAAAUGGGAGGCAGAGGAGAGGCCGUAUUCAAAGGAGGACUUAUGAGAGUUCAUAAAGCUGACCAUCAGACUUAGGAAACAUAAGAUAUUUUAAGAAGGACUUAGAAAAGUAAUUUUCCAAUAAGCCAUACUGUCAUGGUUUAUGUCUAUGACCCCAGGCCUCAUGAGUUUGCAUUGUGCAUUUGUGAUUGGUUCAUUGUCUAGUGCUUGGAUUGAUGGUGUCAGUGCUCCACCCACAAAGGGGUGGAGCCAGAUGUGAUGUAAUGGCAGGAAGAAGGUGUGUCUUGCUCUUUGCUGGUUCCUGCUUGCUGUUUGCAGCAGCAUGCCCACCUGCCUGGGAGCCAACUGAGUGUAGACUGAAACCUCCAAAAACUGUAAGAAAUAAACCUUUCCUUUCCCAA